UCUCGAAUAAUCUUUCAAUUCACUAUAAAUUGAUGAACCCCUACUUCUUUUCCUAAUCCAAUUUCAGAUUUGAUCAGAAAAAAUCUUAGAAAGCUUUCAAAUUCUCAGAAAUCUUUUACGUUUGUCCAAAUUUUGUCUGUAAAUUUCGAGCUCUGUUUUAUAAGCGGUCUGUUUGUUUAAGCAGUUUCAAUGGCGGCCAAGACCGAAGGAAAGGCUAUCGGCAUCGACCUCGGCACAACUUACAGCUGCGUUGGGGUCUGGCAGAACGACCGAGUCGAGAUCAUCGCCAAUGAUCAGGGCAACCGGACAACCCCGUCCUACGUGGCGUUCACCGACACCGAGCGGCUUAUCGGUGACGCUGCGAAGAACCAAGUGGCGAUGAACCCGCAUAACACAGUAUUUGACGCGAAACGGCUCAUCGGGAGGAAGUUCUCCGACGCGUCGGUGCAGAGCGACAUGAAGCUCUGGCCUUUUAAGGUUAUUCCGGGCCCCGGAGACAAGCCCUUGAUCGUCGUGAACUAUAAGGGAGAGGAGAAGAAGUUCUCGGCGGAGGAGAUUUCGUCGAUGGUGCUGACGAAGAUGAGGGAGAUCGCGGAGGCGUAUCUGGGUCAGACGGUGAAGAACGCUGUCGUGACUGUCCCUGCCUACUUCAACGACUCUCAGCGGCAGGCCACCAAGGACGCUGGUGCGAUUUCCGGGCUCAACGUCAUGCGGAUCAUCAACGAGCCGACUGCCGCCGCCAUCGCCUACGGGCUUGAUAAGAAGGCGUCCAGAAAGGGGGAGCAGAACGUCCUGAUUUUCGACCUUGGCGGAGGGACUUUCGAUGUCUCGCUUCUGACGAUCGAGGAGGGGAUUUUCGAGGUGAAGGCCACCGCCGGAGACACCCAUCUGGGUGGAGAGGACUUCGACAAUAGGAUGGUGAAUCACUUCGUGUCGGAGUUCCGGCGGAAGCAUAAGAAGGAUAUUAGCGGAAACGCCAGGGCGUUGCGGCGGCUGAGGACGGCGUGCGAGCGGGCGAAGAGGACUCUGUCUUCCACUUCCCAGACAACAAUCGAAAUUGAUUCUCUGUACGAAGGGAUCGACUUCUACGCGACGAUUACCCGGGCGAGGUUCGAGGAAAUGAACAUGGAUUUGUUCAGGAAGUGUAUGGAGCCGGUAGAGAAAUGUUUGAGGGACGCGAAGAUCGACAAGUCGCUGGUUCAUGAAGUUGUUCUCGUCGGCGGGUCGACGAGGAUCCCGAAAGUCCAGCAGCUUUUGCAGGAUUUUUUUAACGGGAAGGAGCUCUGUAAGAGUAUAAACCCCGAUGAGGCUGUCGCUUACGGCGCGGCGGUACAAGCGGCGAUUUUGAGCGGCGAUGGGGAUGAGAAAGUGCAGGACUUGCUGCUGCUCGAUGUCACGCCACUCAGUCUCGGGCUGGAGACUGCCGGCGGUGUUAUGACGGUGCUGAUUCCGAGGAACACGACUAUUCCGACGAAGAAAGAGCAGAUCUUCUCGACUUACUCGGAUAAUCAGCCGGGAGUUUUGAUUCAGGUUUAUGAAGGAGAGCGGGCGAGGACGAAGGAUAAUAAUCUGUUGGGGAAAUUCGAGCUCACCGGAAUCCCUCCUGCUCCCAGGGGCGUGCCUCAGAUCAAUGUGUGUUUCGACAUUGAUGCGAAUGGGAUCUUGAACGUGUCGGCGGAGGACAAGACGGCGGGGGUGAAGAAUAAAAUCACGAUUACGAAUGACAAGGGCCGGCUGAGCAAGGAGGAGAUAGAGAAGAUGGUACAGGAUGCGGAGAAGUACAGGGCGGAAGACGAGGAGGUGAAGAAGAAGGUGGAGGCAAAGAAUGCGUUGGAGAAUUAUGCGUACAACAUGAGGAACACCGUGAGGGAUGAUAAAUUUGCCGGGAAAUUGGACCCGGCGGACAAGGAGAAGAUCGAGAAGGCGGUGGACGACGCGAUUAAUUGGCUGGAGGGGAACCAGUUGGCAGAAGUUGAUGAGUUGGAGGACAAGUUGAAGGAGCUGGAAGGGCUGUGCAAUCCUAUUAUUGCAAAGAUGUACCAGGGUGCCGGCGGCGCUGGAGGUGGCAUGCCGAUGGGUGAUGACAUGCCUGGUGGCGCUUCCACUGGCUCCGCCAGUGGACCCGGCCCCAAGAUUGAGGAGGUUGAUUGAGUUAUUUGAAGUUGGAAUGGGGUUUGGGGUGCUCUGUUUUUGUUUGUGUGUUUAAUGUUGUGUUAUUCGAGUUCAUAGCUUGUAGACAUGUUUUUGGUUUUAGUUGUUUUUAUACUAAAACCUCUGUUAAAUAGUAUGUUUAUGUGAAUUCAAUAAGAAGUCAGCAAUUUACUUUUGUUAGAUUCUCACC